GAAGAAGAAGAAGAAGAAGAAGAAGAAGAACACUCCAGUCCAGUUGGUGGCGGAAAUACACCAGAAGUUGUUUUGCAAACCUCCAGAAAACACCAGAAGAACUCAUUUCGAUGUUCAUCAUGAGAGAACAGAUGAAUGUGAUCCACACUGGAGAACAGCAGAUGCUGCAGAUACCAGUGAAGAUGUGUUCAGUGAAGCUGCUGGACUGCAGGAACCUGAUGAAGAUGAGAGGAGAAAUCAAAGUAGAGGAACAACAGAGUGAUGAAUAUUAUGAAGAAACCACAGCAAAGGAACAACAGAAGCUGAUGGAAGUGAAAGAGGAACAUCAAGAGCUGAAUGAAGCAGAGGAGAAACAUCAUGAUUUCACAACUGGAGAAAAAUCUUUUUGAGUUGCUCAACAAAAAAUCCUCAAAGAAGAACAGCAAAGAAAUCUCUUACUUGCUCUCAGUGUGAAAAGAAUUUCGCAUGUAAAAAAAAUCUUAAUGUACACAUGAAAAUUCACGCAGGAGAGAAACCUUUCACAUGCCAUCAGUGUGGAAAAUGUUUUUGCAUAUGCAGUUUCUCUCAAAAAUCAUGUCCAACAUCACUGUAGCAGAGAAAAGCCAUUUGAAUAUGAUAACUGUUGUAAAGCAUUUGUUGAGGAUUCAGACCUAAGAAAACACCUGAAAACUCACACAAAUGAGAAGCCUUACAAGUGUUCUUUUUGUGGGAAAUGUUUUGCACACCUGUCCUAUUUGAAAAAGCACCAGAAAAUUCAUACCUUUGCCGGAGUUCAUAUGUGCAUUGAAUGUGGGAAGACCUUUACUACAGUCACCGAUUUGAAACGGCACCAAAGAAUUCAUUCUGGAGAGAAACCUUACAAGUGCUUAUACUGUGAAAAGAGUUCCACUCAGUUACAUUAUCUGAAAACACAUGAGAGUAUUCAUUCUGGAGAGAAACCUUACAAGUGCUCACACUGUGGAAAGAGUUCCACUCGGUUACAAGACCUGAAAACACACGAGAGAAUUCAUACUGGAGAAAAACCUUACAAGUGCUCACACUGUGGAAAGAGUUUCACUCAGUCACAACAACUGAAAACACACGAGAGAAUCCAUACUGGAGAAAAACCUUACAAGUGCUCACACUGUGGAAAGAGUUUCACUUAUUCACAACACCUGAAAAAACACAAGAGAAUCCAUACUGGAGGAAAACAUAUGACUGCUCUUAAUUUGGGAAAAGUUUUAACAAAGCAAGUAAUCUACGUAGACAUGUAAAAAAAGUAUUGCGUUAAGUAAAUUGUGGUAAAUUCAGUUAGGAUCACUACUUAUUUCAGCUUUUAUUUCUUUCAUCACAUUCCAAUGGGUCAGAAGUCUACAUAUACUUUGUUAGUAUUUGGUAGCAUUGGCUUUAAAUUGUUUAACUUGGGUCAAAUGUUUUGAGUAUCCUUCCAUAAGCUUAUCAAAAUAAGUUGCUGGAAUUUUGGUCCAUUCCUCCAGACAGAACUGGUGUAACUGAGUCGGGUUUGUAGGCCUCCUUUCUUGCAUACACUUUUUCAGUUCUGCCGCCGGAUUGAGGUCAUGGCUUUAUGAUGGUCACUCCAGGAGAAGGGACUUAGUAAGGGAGGUGACCAAGAACCCAAUCUGAUAGAGCUCCAGCGUUUCUCUGUGGAGAGAGGAGAACCUUCCAGAAGAACACCCAUCUCUGCGGCACUCCACCAAUCAGGCCUGUAUGGUAGAUUGGCCAGACGGAAGUAAAUGGCACAUGACAGCCCUACUGGAGUUUGCCAAAAAGCACUUGAAAGACUCUCAGACCAUGAGAAACAAAAUUCUCUGGUCUGAUGAAACAAAGAUUGAACUCUUUGCAAGCGUCAUGUCUGGAGGAAACCAAGCACUGCUCAUCACCUGGCCAAUACCAUCCCUAAAGUGAAGCAUGGUGGUGGCAGCAUCAUGCUGUGGGGAUGUUUUUCAACGGCAGGAACUGGGAGACUAGUCAGGAUCGAGAGAAAGAUGAACGCAGCAAUGUACAGAGACAUCCUUGAUGAAAACCUACUCCAGAGCGCUCUGAACCUCAGACUAGGGCGAAGGGUCAUUGUCCUGUUGGAAGAUGAACCUAAGCACACAGCCAAGAUAACAAAGUAGUGGCUAUGGGACAACUCUGUGAAUGUCCUUGAGUGGCCCAGCCAGAGCCCAGACUUGAACCCGAUUGAACAUCUCUGGAGAGAUCUGAAAAUGGCUGUGCACCGAUGCUCCCCAUCCAACCUGAUGGAGCUUGAGAGGUCCUGCAACGAAGAAUGGGAGAAACUUCCCAAAAAUAGGUGUGCCACGCUUGUAGCGUCAUACACAAAAAGACUUGAGGAUGUAAUUGGUGCCAAAGGUGCUUCAACAAAGUAUUGCGCAAAGGCUGUGAAUACUUAUGUACAUGAGAUUUUUUUUCGUUUUUUAUUUUUUAUAAAUUUGCAAAGAUUUCAAACAAACUUCUUUCACGUUGUCAUUAUGGGGGUAUUGUUUGUAGAAUUUUGAGGAAAUUAAUAAAUGUAAUCCACAAAUGUAAUGUUUAAAGGUACAGUUAAUUUAAUGCAUUUAAACUUCUGACCCACUGGAAGUUUGAUACAGUCAAUUAAAAGGGAAACAGUCUGUCUGCAAACAAAUGUUGGAAAAAUGACUUGUCAUGCACAAUGUAAUUUGCAAAUUAAAACCUAUGCAAGUAUAUCUGGAGAUUAAUUAUUAUUUUUUUACUUAUGUUAUGCAUUUAAAAACUGUCUCUUUUAAAUAGUUAAUUUAGUCACAAGUGUAUUAUUAAUUUUAAAAUAUAUAGUAUUUCCCAUAUAAACUUGUGUAAAUAUAACUAGCAUGUUUACAUUUUAGUCUGG